AUGAUAGAUACAGAGAUAAAAGUAGAGAGAGAUGCUGAUUGGCGUCAGAAAGACAACUACAAGGAGAAGAGUGAUAAUGCUGUAGUUACUAAAUCAUUGGUAGAGAAGAAGAAAGAUCCUGGUGCUUUCACCAUUCCUUGCACUAUUAGAUCUUUCAACUUCACUCGAGCAUUAUGUGAGUUAGGGGCAAGAAUCAACCUUAUAACCUUUGCAGUAUUCAAACAGUUGGGGUUAGAAGCUCCCAAACUAACUAUCAUGAGACUAGUGAUGGCAUAUAGGACAAUGAAGAAGCCAGUUGGUAUUCUAUAUGACGUACUAGUAAAGGCAUAUUCAUUCUAUGAUAUUGAUGCAGUUACUUUUUUGGAUGAUGGUUCUGAUGUUGUUAUUCCUAUUGAAGAGAGGCUAGGUGUUGAAGCUCUUGUAACUGUGAUCAUAAACUUUGAUAGUGAUGGCAUUGAAGAGUAUGAUGAGAUGGAGAUGGUGAAGAAAGAGAUAAUUAAGUUGUUGGAUGCUGGUGUAGUGUAUUCUAUUUCUGAUAAUUAUGUUUCUAAAUGGGUGGAAGCAAUUGCCCUUCCCAACAAUGAAGCACGUAGUGUCAUUGCAUUCUUGAAAAAGAAUAUUUUUUCUCAAUUUGGCAUGCCCCGUGCUAGAAUUAGUGAUGGAGGGUCACAUUUAUGUAAUCUUUUAUUGAAACGUCUGCUUGAGAAGUAUACAGUGAAACACAAGGUGGAAGCACAUUAUCAUCCGCAGACUAGUGGACAAGUUAAUAUGUCCAAUAGAGAAAUUAAGUCCAUCUUGGUGAAGAGAGCUUGCCGAACAGCAUUCAAGACCCCAAUUGGUGCUUCACCUUAUAAGUUAGUGUAUGGAAAGGUGUGUCACUUGCUCGUUGAACUUGAACAUAAAGCACUUUGGGCUUUGAAAAAGCUGAAUUUUGAGUGGCAAAAUACAGCCAGGUCAAGGGUAAAGAGUAUGAAUGAGUUGGAUGAAUUCCGACAUCGGGCAUACAGAAGUUUUGCACUUUACAAGGAAAAGAUGAAGCUACUUUAUGAUUGCAAAAUUGAGAAAAUAAUAUUCAAAAAAGGUGACCAGAUAUUGCUCUACAACUUAAGGCUUUGA